UUCUCCGUUACUGUUGACCCCGCCGAGUCUCAGGUGAGAGCGAGACUGAAAACGAGACCCACUGCCUCUGCCUGCCUAAAGAACGACCUGACCUUGCGUCUAGGUAGGCCGGUCCCGGAGCACGCCGGCGACCACCGUCUGCCGCGUGAUAAAUUCGUGCUCCUCAUCUCCUUCUUGACCUGUGACCACGCCUCCUCCUAGCCUGGCCGGCCAUGCCUGUUCAAAUAGCCGUUCACAGUUGCUAGCCAUGGGUCUCACGUGCCUCUGCCGCCCCAACCGCAUGCCCACUUGACAUGAGCCUCGCGAUGUGCUUCUGACGAUCUUACUCGAGCCUGCAUAUCACCUACCCACACUGUAACCCUGUGCUCUGCUAAUACUCCCUCCAUCCGAUCAUAAAUACAUGUCGUUUUUAUCACCCGCAAGGGAAUAAUAGAGUUGUAUUUCUCCUAGCCGUGCACAAGAACCUGGACGACGCCCACUGGUGUAGCCCCCGAUGCCAUGCGCAAACGACGAGCACUCACCUCGCGGUCAAAAUCGAAACCACUGAGCAAUAAGCACCGCAAAGCUCGUGUUGUUGUUUCCGUCCUCCCCUUCGUCGCUUCGCGUGCAGCGAGAUCACUGUCCUGUUGCGGCAUGCCGCCGGCGGCUCUUGCCAAGCUGCUGGUGGCCGUCCUGCUCGUUCUUGCUCGGGCUGGAGCUGCCACGGACGCCGCCGAGGAAUUCGUGCUCGCCGGCUUCGAGCCCGAGAACGUGACGACCAGCGGGACGGCCGUGGUCACCUCCUCCGGCCUUCUUCAACUCACCGACGAAAGGAACGAGAGGUUCGGGCAUGGGUUCUACCCCGUGCCGGUCCGCUUCAAGGACGCCUCCACCAGUGCGCCUGUCUCCUUCUCCACCACGUUCGUGGUCGCCAUCGUGCCGCGGUACCCGGAAGCGCACGGCCAUGGCCUGGCCUUCGCGCUGGCGCCGUCGGUGGAUUUGCCCGGCGCAGUGGCGGGCAAGCACCUCGGGCUGUUCAACACGUCGGAUGAUAUGGGGAAAGGGAGGAGCGAGAUCGUCGCCGUCGAGCUCGACACGGCGCUGGACGUGGAGUUCGCAGACAUCAACGACAACCACGUCGGCGUAGACGUCAACAGCUUGCGGUCCGUGAACUCAAAACCGGCGGGGUACGUCGACAUCGGGACCGGCAGCCGCAGGAGCACCAAUCUCAGCCUCAUCAGCGGCGAGGCCCUGCAGGUGUGGAUCGAGUACGACGGCGCGAGCACGCGGCUCGAGGUGACUGUGUCGCGGGCUGGCGAGCCCAGGCCGGCUGUCCCGCUCGUGUCUUGCGCCGUCAACCUCUCGUCGGCCGUGGCCGACGACACGUACGUCGGGUUUUCGGCAGCGAACGGCGCCGCCGCCAGCUCGCACUACGUCCUUGGCUGGAGCUUCCGCCUCGGCGGCAGCCGCGCGCCGGACCUCGACCUCUCCAAGCUCCCACGGCUCCCGUCGUCAAGAUCCAAGAAGACCGCGCCGACGGUGCUACUGCUCGUGCCACUGCUCCUCCUUGCCGUCGUGGUACUCCUCCUGGUGUCAGCGGCCGUCGUGGCCCUCGUCAUCAGGCGCCGGCGGUUUGCCGAGGAGGAGGAGGACUGGGAGAUAGAGUACGGCCCUCACCGGAUCAGAUACAAGGACCUGCACGCGGCGACCAGGGGCUUCCGCGACGUCGUCGGCAUCGGCGGUUUCGGCCGCGUGUACCACGGCGUGCUCCCGAGGUCGGGCGCCGAGGUCGCCGUCAAGAAGGUGUCCCACGACUCGCGGCAGGGGCUUCGCGAGUUCGUGUCGGAGAUCGCCAGCAUGAGCCGGCUGCGCCAUCGCAACCUGGUGCAGCUCCUCGGCUACUGCCGGCGGCGGGGCGAGCUGGUGCUUGUCUACGACUACAUGGUGAACGCCAGCCUCGACAAGCACCUGUUCGACGCCGACAAGCCGGCGUUGAGCUGGGAGCAGCGUGCCAAGAUCAUCCGGGGCGUCGCAGCCGGGCUGCUGUACCUGCACGAGGGGUGGGAGCAGGUGGUGGUGCACCGGGACAUCAAGUCCGGCAACGUGCUCCUUGACGCUGACAUGAACGGUAAGCUCAGCGACUUCGGCCUCGCGCGGCUGUAUGACCACGGCAGCAACCCGCAGACGACGCGCGUGGUCGGGACGCUCGGGUACCUCGCACCGGAGAUGAGCAAGACCGGCAAGGCCACCACGAGCACCGACGUGUUCGCUUUCGGCGCCUUCCUGCUCGAGGUGGCCUGCGGCCGGAGGCCCAUGGAGUACAGCGACCAUGCCGACUCGCUGGGGCUCGUCGACCUCGUCCUCGAGUGCUGGAAGGGCGGGAGAAUCAAAGACGCGAGGGACCCAAGGAUCGGCAAGUGCGACGAGGACGAUCUCGAGCUGGUGCUCAAGCUCGGCCUGCUCUGCUCGCACCCUGACCCCCAGCGCCGGCCGAGCAUGAGGCAGGUGGUGCAGAUUUUGGAAGGCGCUGCGCCAGUGCCGGAAGAUCUAGGCAGCAGCGGCAGGAUCUUCGGGUACAACGAGUCGUUCGACGAGUUCGUCACCAUGUACCCGACGGCGUCCGAAAUCACCCCCGUCACGACGCAGUCGUCUUCUUCACACUCCACCGUCGAGCAGCAGCAGCAGCUGAUCUCCGGCUGAGUAGUACCGCCUUCUAUCGUCACCAACUUACCAAAUUUACUGAUGUUUAUAGGAUUGUUGGAUUGGGAAGCAAACAGUUACAAGAUUAGGUGUUGUGUGAGAUCUUUUCUUUAAGUGGACAUAGCAUAUCGUCAGCCAUUUUGAGGGAUGAUCGAGGCGAGGUUAGGUUUUGAAGUCCUAACUGCUGAGGCAGUUCUAUAACAAUCAGCUUGAAUAAUUUUAGGUUGGCGCAAUUUCAGAAGAACUGCAAAUGACAAAUUCGUGACAAUAAAAGGUGAACAUAUGCAAAAGUUGAACGAUUGCUGGUGAAUCUCUUCAGAUUAGCAGUUAAUCAACAUUGAAAGAAGUAAGAAAACGUCAAUUCUGUGAAGAGUCAGAAGUGAAGCAUCAGUGCAUCACCAUUGCUCAAAAGGAACUGAAUAUUACAAACUCCUUAUCUCUCCUACUUAAAAAAUUAGUAGUGGUUACGUGCUGCCCUCUCUCUCUGUUUCUGACAAGUGGUCCCCCUUCCUCUUUCUCGUCCGCCCCACGCGUCCUCCUCCGCCCGCCCACAUCGCGCGUCGUCCGUCCGCAUCGCGCCCGUCUGUCUCGCUCGUGACUCCACACUGCCGCCCUCCGCCGCCCUGUGCCGCACUGUUGCGCCGCCGCCUCCUUCUUUUCCCCGCCCUUCCGACACCGCCGCUACCGCUUCCGCCGCCCGCCCGCUCCCAUAGCAGAUACACAUACCCCAAGGUCCCGCGCGAGUGCCAAGGCCCGGGAGAAGCUCCUGGCGGAGGAGCCCAGGGACCCCUGGCUCGCCUCCCUCUCGCUGCUCCCGGUCGACGAUGGCGCGGCCACUCGAUCCCCUCCCCUUUAGCUUCUCCGCCGCCUCUAGACCCCCCUCUCGGCCGCCUCCAGAUCCCCCCUCGCUGCUCCGCGCUCCGCUCCCACCGUCUCCCUCCAACACCUCCUUCCUUCCGUCAAAACCACCGGUUUUCUCCCCACCACUGCGCUUUUUGCUCGGCACCGGAGGUCUCCACCCUGGUAACAACAACGUGGCUCGUAUGUCACCCGAGUUCAGAUCCGAGUGAGCUGACAUCGAGGAGGCCAAGUCCCCCAACAACACGAGCGUCGCCGCUGUCGCCGUCAAGAACGCCGACACGUCAGUCUACAAGAUCAUCCAUGGCUACCUCAAGCAGAAGAACACCUCCAUCAUCGUAGUCGCUGCCAAUGUCGCCAGGAAAGCGGUUUCCAAUAAGAAUACUACUAAGUUAACACAACGCUCAGUCAUCAGUUUGUUUGUGCUAGAUUCAUGGGGGAAAAGAAAAAAAAAUCAACCAAUUCCUUUACGUGCUCUCCAGAUAAUCGAGGAAGACCUCUGAUGUUUUUGACAACUUACUGAGCAAGUGGGGAAAUAAGACAGGACCUUUGCUCUCGGGGAUUUCAUGCUGCAUUGCUUCCUGCAACAUGAUAUUGCUAAACAAGGUUGUUCUCUCCAGCUACAAUUUCAGUGUCGGUAUAUCACUGAUGUUAUAUCAGGACCUUAUAUCCGUGGUCAUUCUUCUGGCACUUGAGCUCUUCAGUGUAAUUUCAAUGGAAAAACUCACAUGAAAGUUGAUUAAAGUCUGGAUCCCGGUGAAUCUUAUUUCCAUCGAGAUGCUCGUAUCUGGAAUGUACAGAUAAGUUACGAAGAGGCUGCAGAAGAAUUACCUAGCAAAGCAAAGUUUUUCUUUGGUCCUGCAGUUGAAACCUGGGAUGCAGAAUUCUAUGUCAAAGUAGAGGAUACCAUUAAUCUUGACUUAGCUGGGUUAAUUGAAAUGCCACCAGGGAUUGUACAUGGGUUGCAUGAAAUCAGGAGUUGUCGUAAGCGAAGAGUAUGUGCUUUCCCUCACAUUGUCAUCAGGUCUUUGUUGAUUAGCUAAAUGUAUUGGUCAGAGAAUUGGCAUGUGAUUGAAUUUCUACGGGGCAAGAACACUGGUCAGAGAAUUACUCCUUAUAUCCAUUGAUAUAAGCAAUAUUUAUGUAUAUGCUUGAUGGU